AUGUUUCAAUUUAUUCAUUCUGAUUGGAAAAAACAACAAGCUGAGGAAAUAUCAUCUUCUGCAAGUAAUUUUUUCAAAGAGAAUGAUUUUUCUGAUACGGGACAAUCAAAACCUAAGAAUAUGACUCAGGAUUUGUUUGAAUUAUUAGAAAGAGUACAAAGUGCAAGAAUCGAUGACCAAAGAUGUGUACUGCCUUCUUAUUUUGCACAGAAAAGGGUAGUCGGGGAUAAUAAAGAGUUAAGAGGUUGUUGA